UCAUCUAUCUUCUCUAAUAAAACUUCUUUCCUUUUUUCCAAUUGAUUGAUAGGAAAGAGGGAAAGAGUAUCUUAUUUAUCAAAAAAAAAAAAAAAAAAAAAGGGGGAAACAAUGGUGGGGAAAAUAGUGGUUUCAUUAGUAUCAUUGAUACUUUUAGUUGGUGUGAUAGUAGGAGUUGUGGUUGUUGUGAACAAAAAUGGUGAUAACAAACACGAUGAAAGCACAAAAGUACAAAUGAAGAAAGUUCAUGAGUUUUGUCAAGCUACUGAAUUUAAAGAUCAAUGUGCUAAGUCACUUGAAAGUGCUGCUAAAAAUGAGUCAGCUACACUACAGGAUUACCUUACAGCUGCAUUCCGGACAACACUUGAUGAACUGAAAACGGGUUUGGAUGAGACUGGAAAGACUAAGGUCGACAAAGACGCUGAUCCUUACAAUCAUAUGGCUGUUGAUGAUUGCAAGCUGAUGCUGCAAUGGGGUGUGGAGAAGCUUGAAGAAGCAGUGAAGUUGAUUGGUGAGACCGAUGAAGAGUCGAUCCAUGAGUAUAGUGUUGAUCUGUUGAAUUGGAUAGGAGGAGUUUACUCGUUCCAAACCAUAUGUCUUGAUGCUAUUGAAAAUCCAGAAUAUAGAUCAGCAAUUGAAAAAGGAUUGGUGAAUGCUACGCAGCUUACGAAUAACGCUAUCAGCAUGGUAGCGAAGAUGUCUGACGUGCUGAAAUCAUUCAACAUUCAAAUCCCGGAAGGUUUACUGGAUGGCAACAGCUCUCCUCAUCGUCGAUUGUUGGAUGUAAACAAGGUGGAUGGGGAUGGUUACCCAACAUGGUUCCCAGCUGCUGACCGUAAGCUAUUGGAGAAGAGCUCAAAAGGAAAAGGAAAAGGAAAGGGAAAAGACGGGGCUCCUCUAGGAGCAGGACCAGCACUUCCCCCAGUAGGAUCAGGACCAUUAACUCCUCAUGCUGUUGUUGCCAAGGAUGGAAGCGGCAAAUUUAAGACUGUUGUAGAAGCAGUCAAGGCUUACCCAGCAAACCAUCAAGGCAGAUACAUUAUCUACAUCAAGGCUGGUACUUACGUUGAACAAAUCCUUAUUGAAAAAAACCAACGAAACGUCUUCAUGUAUGGUGAUGGAGCAGGGAAAACCAUCAUUUCCUGUGACAAGAAUGUAAUGAAUAAAGUCACCACCAUGAAUAGUGCUACAGUCGGUGUGAACAGCGAGGGAUUCAUAGCUAAGGGAAUUACAUUCCGCAACACUGCUGGUCCAGAGGGUCAACAAGCUGUUGCACUUAGGAUCUCUGGAGACAGGGGAGCAGUGUUUGACUGCAGCAUGGAGGGAAACCAAGACACCUUGUACUACCAAACAUACCGUCAAUUCUACCGCAACUGUGUAAUAUCUGGUACCGUUGAUUUCAUCUUCGGGUGUGGAACAGCUCUGAUCCAGAACAGUGAGAUCAUAUUGAGGAGGCCUAGACGACAAAGCAAGAACACAAUCACAGCUGAUGGAAAGGAUCAAGCAGACAAAAACACUGGGGUAGUACUUCAGAACUGCAAAAUUGUACCAGAACAAUCACUCUUUGAUGAUAGGUUCAAAUACGAACACUACUUAACGCGCCCAUGGAAGGCAUAUUCCACCAAUGUUUUCAUGGAAAGUGAGAUCGGUGACCUCAUCAGGCCUGAGGGAUAUCUGAUUUGGGAGGCCGACAAGCCAAAUUUUUUCGAACAGACAUGUGAAGUGUAUGAAUAUGCAAACAGAGGACCUGGUGCUAACACUAACGGAAGGAGCAAACUCUUCAAGAAGUUCAAGGUUCUUAGCCCACAGGAAGCUACUAAAUACACCGCUGCCACUUUCCUUCAAGCUAAUGAAUGGUUGCCUGGAACCAGUGCACCUUUCUACCCUGGUCUUGGUGGAAAAUAGAUCAUCACAAACAAACAAACAAACAAACAAACAUCAUUUUCCCUACUUCUCAACACCCCUUUCUCUACCUACCAAUUCAAUAUUCUUCUUUCAUUUUUUGUUGGAGAAGCUAGAGCAUCCUUUUGUUAGCAAAAAAAAAAAUGAUGCAUACUUUUGUUCUUUUUGUGUAUGUAACCAA